AUGGAGGAGGAAGCGUCGGCAGAGCUGAUCAGCCCAAGGAUCUCAUUCUCCCACGACCUCGCCACCUUCGCAGCAGCAGCGACCACAUGUCCCACCACGCCAAGCCGGUCAGACACGUCGUCGUUCCUCAUGUCGCGCCGGCGCCGGCGGCUCCCAGCCGAGCCGGAGUUCGACUUCGCCAACGCGGCCGCGGACGACGUCGCGCCGGCCGACCGCCUCUUCGCCGACGGGAAGCUGCUCCCGGUGCCGCCACUGCCGCCCACCCCUCCGCACGCGCGGCUCAAGCAGCCCCAACCAACGGCGUGGCAGCAGAAGGCGACGACGAGGCCCGUGCCGACGCCGACAGUGCGGUCAUGGGCGUCCCCGUUCGCGCGCAGCAGCAGCGUCAACUCCGCCGCGACGGCGGCGUCGUCCGGUGGACGGUUCACCUGCCCCGCGUUCCCGCUGAUGCGGAGCCAGUCCGCCGGCCACCGCCCGCAUUCCAAGAAAGUUGCUCCGGCGACGGCAGCGACGACCACUGCCGGUGUGCACAACGGCGGCGCGCGAUCGGUUUACUACUAUGGGUACAGGGGCAGUAGAAAUGGUAGUGCGAGUGGUGGGGUGAGGGUGAGCCCGGUGCUGAACGUGACGUCCAUCGGCACCAGCGUGGUGAACAUGCUGAGCUAUCUCCUCUGCGACUGCGGCGAGAUCAAGGGCGCCAAAAGCAGGGGAGUCGGUGUAAGCUGCUGGGUAACCCGGUAG